UCAACUUACAUGAAGCUGCAAGUGGAGCCAUACUGUAGGUUUCCUACACAACAGCUUUUUUCUGAAACAUCAAAAAAAUUGUUUGCAUCAAACUGAAACAUCCCCUGUGUUGUAGGGGUGAGAGUAAUGCAUUUCUUCUCCUUUUUCAGUGGAAAAACAAUGAAUGAUGUUAAAACAGAAAAAAUAGAGUAUUGUUUUGUUUUCGCUUUCAUCAGUGCACUCUAACAUUUCUCAUCAGCACUAACAAACGAGGUUAUGGUGCCAGCCUAAAGCUCCGGGUCAAAUGCUUGAUCUCUGCCUCAGCCACAUGUGAGAGACAAAUGGAGACAGCGAGUUUACGCAGCAUGGAAGAUGGGCUAGACUAAUAUUAGCUUACAUUAACCAAAAAAAGACUGAAAGACCCAGACAAUGGGUGGUGCUCUUAAACAAGAGGAAACCAAAUCAUUCUAAUCUCUGAUCUGUCCAUCCUUUAGGUGCAGUUGUGACAAGGCUUUCCCCGGAUUCAGACUCUGUGAGAUCUAAUGAGUAGGAUGCCUGAGCAUGUGCAAGAGAGAAAGCCAAAGAUCUCAGCGUCAAGGAAGCUGAUGCUGAAGAGCUUGAUGGUUGCAAAGGCCAAAGAGGAGUUGGAACUGGAGAUGAUUGUCAAAGAAGAGGAGAAGCAGAAGUAUCUGGCAGAGAGAGCUCCUCCCUUGAACAUGAAUGGCCUGAGCCUUGCUCAGCUGCAGGCUCUCUGUAGGGAACUUCAUGCAAAGAUAGAUGUUGUUGAUGAGGAGCGAUACGACAUUGAAGCUAAAGUCAUGCUCAAUACGCGUGAGAUUAAAGACCUUAAUAUCAAGGUUCUGGAUCUGAGGGGUAAAUUCAAGAGGCCAAAUCUUCGGCGUGUUCGUGUGUCUGCUGACGCCAUCCUUCGCUCGUUGCUGGGCUCCAAGCACAAAGUCUCCAUGGACCUUCGGGCCAACCUCAAAUCUGUAAAGAAAGAGGAUACGGAGAAGAAGAGGCCUGUAGAAGACAGUGACUGGAGGAAGAACGUGGAGGCCAUGUCAGGGAUGGAGGGAAGGAAGAAGAUGUUUGAUGCGGCAAAAGGUUCAGCUCAAUGAACCUAGAAGAUGAAGACGCUGCAACACCUCUUCUCCGAAUUUCUGUUUGCAGCUUCUGGAAGGUUAUGAAAGGUGCACUAAUCUUCAUAAAAA